AUGGCGGACCCGAUUAUUAUCGAUCCACAGCCAGAUACUGAUCUUAUGAUACAACAUCUCCACGGUUUCACCGAGGAAUUUACAAAGCUUCCAAACGUACCGGCGCUGGCUGAAGGCAAUGCUAUUCAACAGCUUACCGCUCAAGUCAACGCUCAAUUCGCUCAAGUCAACGCUCAAAUAAACGCUCAAUUCGCUCAAAUCAACGCUCAAAUGAACGCUCAAUUCGCUCAAGUCAACGCUCAAUUCACUCAAGUCAACGCUCAAUUCGCUCAAGUCAACGCUCAAUUCGCUCAAGUCAACGCUCAAUUCGCUCAAAGAUUUGAUCAGCUUGAUAACAAAAUUGAUACGCUCGCUAUUCGAGUCGUCGCAAAUGAUCAUAACGCCUCAGCUCGAGUUCAAAACUCUUAUCUUACGAGAUCCUCCGAUGGACUUACACCACUAAUGAGUCCAUUGACUAAUACCUUGAUCGAAUGGUUUCCUAUGAAAUCUAGUGAUAUUCCGAAUAUGGAGGAUCAGGGGCUUGAUACUAUCCUACAGGAGUUGGGUUUACCUACAAAUGGAGGAAGAGAAGCUAAAGAGAAACGUUUGAGACAGUCCAUCGGUCUUCGACCUAGACCAACUGGUGCAUGAAUUCUAUAAGCUGUACGGAGUAUCAUUCGACCAUGUACAAUUAGUGUGAGCUCAGAGCAGUUUUCACAUUCCUUUAGCUGCUAAGCCCUCACAAUCCACGGGCGGCGGCUGCAAUACAUGCUAGUCUCCUAUUGAAUGUGACGGUCCAGGCGCUGUCCAUGCUUAUUUCUUA